AUAAAUCUGGUGCCCUGGGCAUCCACCACUUCUUCAACCACCACGAUUUCCCCUCUCAAUCACCCCCCGUCGAUCUCUUUCAGCUCUCUCCCUCUCUUCGAUUCUGUCUUUUGAUCUCACACCGCAACCUUGAGGAGAAGUAAAUCAUUUCUCCCUCCUCCUCUUCUUCCCGGAGUCCCUGUUCCACAGCACUGAAUCCUUCUUCAGUCGGUCCCUCUUGCCAAAUCUUGACUUCGGCGCAACGGCUGCUUAUCUCCAUUGCCUCGUAAACCCCGAUCUUUCCCCACACUUCAUCACAGGCAACCGUCAUUUUUCCUCUUCUCGUCACGACCGACCCAAGUCUGCCCAGUUCCGAUCUUUGUGUGAAACACUCGGGACCCUAAAUCCUUGCCGCGGUUGUUCGGUCGUGGACAUCUUCCAAUGGCCUCAGGGGACGCCGAGCUCCCCCAGCAGGAUGCCAGCCCGAUCACCACCAAGCGGCCACCUCUGCCGCCAUUUCGCUGUGUUUCCACCCCUUCCUACGAAAGUCCCCAGAGACAUCAUCGCCGGAACCCAAUAGUCAGGCGUCCAGUUAAGGAAACGCUGAAUGCUCGAUCAGAGUAUUAUACCAGCCAGGAUGAUGGCACUGCUGAGCACCGGAUCAAUCAAUAUGUGAUCAAGCAAGAGAUCGGCAGAGGAUCAUUCGGGGCAGUGCAUCUUGCCACUGACCAGUUUGGAAACGAAUAUGCUGUAAAGGAAUUCUCCAAGGCUCGUCUACGGAAACGUGCCCAGUCACAUCUUCUGCGCAGGCCCCGGGGCCCUAAGCGUCCCUCAGAUGGCUUCAACUCCCCACUGCAUCGCCGCCCGCCGGGUGGGGAUGAGCACAAGGAAAACGCCCUCUACUUGAUCAAGGAAGAAAUUGCCAUCAUGAAGAAGCUGAAUCACAACAACCUUGUAUCUCUCAUAGAAGUCCUCGAUGAUCCUACAGAAGACUCACUAUACAUGGUCAUGGAGAUGUGUAAGAAAGGAGUGAUCAUGAAGGUCGGGCUCGAGGAACGAGCAGAUCCUUAUGAUGACGACCAAUGCCGCUGUUGGUUCCGCGAUCUGAUUUUAGGAAUCGAAUACCUACAUGCGCAGGGUAUUGUACAUCGCGAUAUCAAACCAGACAAUUGUCUAUUGACGAGUGACGAUGUCUUGAAAGUCGUUGACUUUGGAGUGUCGGAGAUGUUCGAGAAGGAUUCAAACAUGUUUACCGCAAAGUCAGCAGGCUCUCCUGCCUUUCUUCCGCCGGAACUGUGCGUCGUGAGACACGGUGAUGUCUCGGGCAAGGCUACGGACAUAUGGUCUAUGGGGGUCACACUGUACUGCCUUCGAUAUGGCAGGCUCCCAUUCGAGAAGCAAAGUAUCUUUGAGCUUUACGAAGCCAUCAAGAACGACCCUGUUGUAUGCGAGGGAGAGACCGACGAGAACUUCAAGGAUUUGAUGUUCCGAAUCCUGGAAAAGGACCCGGCUAAGCGGAUCACGAUGGAGGAGUUGCGGGAACACCCUUGGGUGACGAAGAAUGGACUUGAUCCUCUUCUACCAGAGAGCGAGAACACCGCUGAGAUCGUCGGUCUGCCCACAGAAGAAGAGAUGAACUCCGCCAUUACGAAAACUAUUGGUCACGUCAUGGCCGUGAUCAAGGCGGUUACGCACUUCAAACGACUGAUAGAUCCGGCAAAGGCAGACCCGCCCAUGCAGAGCAUCCUUGGUCAAGAAUACGAGACGCACUUUGUUGAGCCUCCAAUGGAGAUGGAGCCAGAGGAGAGCUUCACAGCCAGCGGCAAUAUGCCCAUACUCAACAAGAGCCAGAGUCUGAACAUGUAUAAUAGGCGACCUUGGGAACGUGAUAACGUGUUGCAAGGCUUCCAUCAGCGUCGCGACGAUCUAAUUCCCAACCAGCUUACCGACAGCAGCGAGUCUCUCAGCCAUCACAGUAAACCCGGACCUGCGCCAGGCAACAACGGCAGAAUUGCUUCCAGAAUGGAGCCUGAACGGAAAGAUUCCGGGUCUAUUCGCAGUCACAAUAUCGCCGGAGGGUCGAUUGACGAGUUCCAAUCCAACUCCAACCCUCAGUCCCCGUCUCCUUUCGUCCCGCUAUCCCGGGCUAGCUCGGUCACCACAAAGCGCAGCGUUGAAGGAACCCGUGGCCAUGCACGCGAUCCUCUGGAGGAGGAAUUCCCGUUCCUAUACAUCGGACCAUCAACAUACACCGGCUCGUCCAACGAACCCAACAUGGAUGCUGACACCGAUCCCAUCUUCGAAGAACCUGACAACAUGAUAUCUGCCGAACCCGACGAGAUGGACGUCGACGUAUCCCAUCCAAUUGUAAGCGAAUCUCCCGGUGCCGCUGAUUUCGACAUCUACGAGACCGCCUAUCGACAAGAAAUUGAACGCAUCCGGACCCGCACCCUUCCCCGGCAAGGCACCAUUCCCAAGAUGUACCUCACCCGCCGCGUGGAAGGACGAGACGAUGUGAAGAAACUCGUGGGACAACAUAGCCCCGAUUCACCUAUAGCAUCAGGCCGAAAGAACACAGGCCUAAGCCUGAGCUCUGCAGUUAGCGCCAUCAGACUUCAAUUGGAGCAACAACAGCGACAACAAGAACAAAAAGCACAGCAGGCUGCAGAGAAUCAAAAACCGGCCCCACUUCGCCCAUCUGUGCCAUCUGCCUCGGGCGGCAUUCCGGAGCCAGUCGCAUCGUUGUCUGCGGCGGCUGGUACCACCACGACUAGUGGCCCUGAGACAUCUAAUCCAUCAGAUAUCUCCUCGACAACCAGAUUAAGGUCCUUGCUUGAUCGGGUCAGGAGUAGUCAGGACCCGUGAUCGAGAAAAUGAUGGGAGAGGACUACCCUGGGUAUAGGUCGACAGCGGGCAACUACGAAGUCAUUUUUAGUAAAAUAGAAAGGGGAUUAUUAUUACCGUUGCAUGCAGCAGCCAGAAGGAAGAAAAUACCUGGCGACACAUUCAUUCCCUACUGUACUUAUGUCAGAUAAUAGCAUUUCUGACAAGCUUAGAUAUAGCAGUGUAAUGCAAAAUCCUUAGAACACUCGG